AGACUCUCUCGAGGAAAAAAAAAAAGAAGUAAUCGUGGUUAGCAACCUGCCCCUUGUUCCACAACGACGAACAACAUCUCGCCACGAGGAGGAGGGCGAGAGCUUACACGAGUCCGAAAUCCCCAAUCCGGGAUCCCCUGCUUCUCUUCGCGCCAAGAUGGCGGCUGCCUGGGCGGCGGCGGUGGCCGUGAUGCUCCUCCUUGCGCAGGUGUCAGCGGCGGCUCCGGUGAUGGGGCCUGCCUUCCUCUGGGCGCCCAAUAACUACGGAUUCUCUUCUGAUGAGACUAAAGAAAUGGUCUACUAUCAGACAGUAUCCCCAAAGAGCUUAGUGAAAUCUGUUCUUGAGGAAGGUGGUUGGUCAAACUUGGUGUGUUCAAGGGAGGAUCAUGCAAAGAGUGUUGAUGUUGCAGUUCUUUUUCUUGGCUCGAAGCUACAAUCAUCAGACAUUUCUAAAGAAAAGCAAGCUGAUUCAACUUUAGUAGACAUGCUGAAGAACUCCUUUGCAAGCUCCGAGUUUUCCAUGGCAUUCCCCUAUGUUGCCAUGUCAGAUGAUGACAAAUUGGAGAAGUCAUUGCUAUCUGGAUUUGCUGAGAAUUGCAACAAUGGUCUUGGAAAUAAUCAUAUCACCUACACAGACACCUGUUCUGUAAGUGAAGAUCUGAAGAAACAUCACGACAUGGAUUCCAUUCAUGGAUUGGUGGCAUCACAAACUAAAAAGAACCCAAGUGGACAGACUGAUCUGGUUGUCUUCUGUGAUGGUGGUUUCAAGGAUAACACAAAAUCAGAAGGGGAGUUACUUUCUGAGCUGGUUACUCUGCUGAAGAAGUCUGGAGCUAAAUAUACAAUUCUUUAUGCUUCUCAGCCCUAUGGUUUGCUAGAGAGCCCUUCAAACCUGCCGUUAGGCAGGUACCUCGCAGAGAAGACUAAUACUACUAAACCCGGCCGUGGAAAAUGUGAUGGGGAGUGCUUAGUAAAAUCAACUCUGCUAGAAGGAAGCUUUGUUGGAAUAGUGCUGCUAAUCAUCUUGAUAUCAGGACUCAAAUGUAUGAUGGGAAUUGAUACCCCAUCAAAGUUCGAUGCUCCCCCGGAAUCGUAAGCCCAUUUUUAAGCAGAUCUGAAUGGAAACUCAAGGCAAACACGAGGGGAAAAUUGAAUAGCUGAUGUAGCAGGUCUGUACUGUGAAUAUAGUUAGUUUGCUACUUAUUGCCUUAUGUAUUUUAAUGAGCCAACUGCAAUUUGCAGUCAAUUUUUGGUGGAAUAUUACAUUUCAAAACGUACACGUGCAAGGCCUGAUUUGUACCAUAUAACACUGCCUCUAGUGUUUGCUGUGUGAAUAAGCUGGAAUUAAAACCUGUUUUGGAAUAAGAUGUCACAGUUCAUCGAAUAAAACCUUGCGAUAUAUUUCAUUAUUUUCAUA